AUCUGCCGAUCUAUCGAUCUGUCGAUCGAAGCAGACAGCAAAUACUAUAUAAAGCUACCGUUUUCUCAAUUUUACGAACAGUUUCUUAGCGACCGGAGAACAAUGUCCAUCAUUCCGCUGUUCCUGAUACUCUUCUGCAGUUCCGCGCUAACAGCGGAAACGGAAACGGAAGAUGCUAAACUCAAUAAACGAGGAAUCAUCGGUUCCGGUGGAUGGAUUGGGAUACCGAAUCCACACUCUUACGGUCACGGUCAACCUUGGGUAGCAAGUCCUUCCUGGAGGAAUUUUAAGUUCCCCUCCUUUGAUUUAGCUCAUCAUGGGUUGUACGGAGGUUUACCCUAUGGUAGAGCACCAGCUACCCCUCUUCCAAUUGGCAGGGCAGAUUUAGUGAAGCCGGUACCGGUAUAUAUAACAAAACACGUGGUCCUGGAGAAGCCAGUACCCGUUCCGCAGCCGGUUUAUAUCGAAAAACCGUACCACGUGCCGGUGGAGAAGGUGAUCCCUAUUCCAGUCGAAAAGAUCAUUCAUAAACCGGUCCCGGUUCCCUUUCCGGUACCCGAGGCUGUUCCAGUAGCGGUAGAACGGGCAGUACCGAUACCGGUAAAACAUCCUGUACCCGUACCUGUACCUGUUCAACAGCCGUAUCCGAUCCCCGUGAAGCAAGCCUUUCCAGUACCAGUUCCGGUUCCAUAUCCGAUCCCGAUACACCCACCACCCAUCUCCCUCUAUGGUCCAGCUGCUCUACCAGCUGCUUACUACGCUCGAGGAUACGGUUCUGGACACGUUUAUCCAGCGGUACACGCUCCUUCGCUCUCCGCGCAUUUUCUUCAUGGAUAUGGCCACGGUUUUGACCACGGAUUUGGCCAAGACUUCGGUCACGGCCACGGUCACGGUUACGCCUAUCCACCACUUUCAUACGUUCAAGACUACGCUCACGGUCAUGGAAACGGGCACGGGCACGGACAUGGACAUGGGCAUGGACACGAACACAAGAAACGAAGCAAGAAUUAAGAGAAUCGCUCUCCUCGUUAUCCAAAGUUAGACUCUUAUUCUUCACUUUUUCAUUUAAGAGUGUAACGAUCCGUUUUUUUAUUAUUCGUUAGAUACUUAUUAAUUACGUCAUCUUACGUGAUCGAUGUCUUACAAAUAUAUUUAUACACCUUUUUCAACAAGGGCAUAAGUUGUCGAUAGUUAAGUUAUUCUUUAUGUUGUACUUUCUUGUUGAUUAUUUGAAUAAAGAUAUGGAACCAUG